UGGUCUGGAGGAAGAGAUGAUUGCAUUACGCUGGAAUAAUCACAUGGCAACCAUGAGCCAGCUUCUCAGCAGUCUGCGUGAAGAGGAGUCCAUGAUAGACGUUACUUUGGCCUGCGAUGGAAGGCUUCUACCUGCACACAAAUUUGUCCUCUCCAUGUGCAGUGAUUACUUCAAAGAAAUGUUCACCUCAAAUCCAUGCAAACAUCCAAUAGUGUUCAUGAAGGAUGUUCACUGCGGUGACUUGGAGGCUCUGCUGGAUUUCAUGUACCGUGGAGUGGUCCAUAUCCAGAAGACGGCUCUGAGCUCACUGCUCAAGACUGCUGAAGGAUUACAAAUACGUGGGCUUGGUCUGUUUGCUCAGGAAGCUGUGCAGCAGAUUGAUUCAGGCAUCACUGCAACUCAGCCUGGUGAAGAGCGCCUGUCCCUAACUUCCCUGGAACCCUCAGUGUUCCUGAGCCCUGACCGUAAGCGAGCCUACGACAGCAUCAACACGACCGUGAGCAGCGACCACGACGCCUCAGGUUCCCUGGGUAACUUCUCUGAAGCAGAUCUUGAUGACCACUCCAUGGGUGCAAGUGUGAACCAUUCAACGCAGUCUGCCUCGUCACAGUCUAUGCAUAAGAAGCCUCUACACAGAAUGAUCGAUCAUCCUCCUGCUUCUGUACCUGAACUGCCUAAAAUCAGUGAUGAUCAGCUGGACAUUGGGUAUGGAAUUUCCAUCCCAGCGGCCGACUACCUGAAGCUCCGACGCACGAACGCCAACCGCUACAUCAACGAUUUAUUGCGGUAUUUUUUCACACUCGAAGUUCUGGCUAUGUCUUCCCUGACGGGCGGUGAGUGCUUCGCCAACAGAGGAAAAACGCAGGGCAAUAAAAAUCAACUCGACCCCAACAUCAUACGUGUAAUAACUAAUGAUGCCAUACGAAACUUUCCGAUGAUCACAGAGAAACAAGUUCGCAAUGCCAUUCGACGUAAGCUGAACACCGAGUCGAGGACCUUCAGAGGUCUUGGCAAAGUUUCUUCAGGAGUUCGCCGUCCUCCCACUAAACGUCGUUCACGCCAAACUCCUCGCCCUCUGGUCUCCAUUGAACGCAGCAGCCACGCCAUGCACAGUGAAAACAAGACGAUGUUGCAGCACCAACCUGUCACUCCUAAUGUCACUCUUGAGAAAACUGGCGUGUCUCCCGGGCUAAUUUUUAGAACCAAGGACAUGAAUUUAUCAGCCGGCACUUUGGUUAACCGCGUACAACAACCUUCGACUGCCCAGCAACUACAGCAGGCGCAGCAGCAGCAACAGCAACAACAAGCACAUCAACAGCAGCAGUACACUGCAGCGGUAGCGCAGCAGCAAACCAUCACCACAGUCGGCGGGAUAUCUGCCACUGCUCAGUGCAUCAGUCUUGCGACGUCGGAUAAAAGGCCUGACGAUGAAGCGGCAGCUGCCAGUGCUGCAGCAUAUUUCAACAGCGGCGGUCCUGCCACGUCAAGCAGAGGAGCUCGGGAACGAUCCCCACCACCAUCCCAUCACACUUCCAACUCAGGCACACCACCACUUGGGCCGGCCAAUCUCCCGCCAUCUUCUUCCCCGUCUGCUACGGCCAUCAGCGAGAAGUCUUUCAACCUGGUGAAAGCUGAGGUUGGAGGAGGUGGCGGGGCUGCUGGUGGUACGCAGUAUAUAACCCAGGAGUACAGCUACCUGCCUCACGUAUCCCAGCCAACUGCGUACCUCUCACACCACAUAUCAGAUCCCGCGUAUCUCAGAAGACUUGAGAUGUCUCAGGCAGCUGCGCAACACUCAACAGCUGCGGCUGCCGCUGCUGCUUUAUCUUACUCGUACCCCUUGCCCACUUCGGAGAGCAUGGAGCCUAGCCUCCACAUGUAGACCUGACAUCUAAAACCCUAAAAUUAUAUCGACAUUAUAAAUUUACCGAAUCUCCACACUGGUUCUAUGGUUAAUUUGUCAGGCAGUCCCUAAUGUCGUACAAAAAUGGGAAGUGAUUUUUUUUGUAACUUCCAACAUCAAGUAAACCGUUUAAAGGUAAGUUCUUGUCCUUGGUUUUAAAUCUAACCGUGAAACUGGAAAACUUAGAGUGUAUCUUGAUUUUUUUUAUUGUUCUUGACUUCAAGACCACUGGUGUCGACUGGACCUUCUGAGAAUUUCGCCGGAACCGAACGGAACAGACGAGUGAACUACCACCCUCUACCGUGAGUCGACGUUACUUGGCAGAAUGUGAACGAAUUUUUUACUACCAGAAAAAUUCUUAAUCAACUUGUGAACUUUUACACAUUUUCAGAAGAAAAACAUAGAAAAAUUAACCCACAUUGAUCUCUGAAACAAAAAAUGGGAUGCUACUCGUAGACGUGUCCAAUACACAACAGAGCAAAACCCUGAUCGCGAUCAAGUCAGUUGGCGAUGUCGUCAUAACAACCGCUGCACGUGGUGCACCGUUCAUCAUCCGCGACCCAGUUGACCUAGUAUAUUACGCGAAUUCGUCCAAAUUGCACUGUAAAAGAAACACUGACCGAACUAACUCGGUAUAGAGUAAAGACCAUGUGCCGUCCCAAAGAUAAAGAAGCAAGGUGUACUCAUGCCGAACACCAUUCAUCUAGUGACCUUGCAAAGCUGCCAUCAUCUGCUGCAUGCUAACUGGGUUCGACGGCAUCCACUACGGAAUGGCUAUCAGAAAGUUGACAAGGUGCCAGUGCAGCACAGUGGCGCAAGAUGCAACAUGAUUUCAACGCAAAGAAAUCGUAACAUAGGUUACAAGGAGGUGCCUACGCCGGACUGAGCUAAGUAGAUGUCUACUCAGCCAGAAGGGAAAUUGGUUCUGUUACCUACUUUUGUAUGGAAAGAAUUGCAACCCAAGUAAACCGAUCAUGAUGACGUAAUUGACGACUAUUUUUUAGGCGCAAAGCAUAUAAGCUUUUUCUGAGCACUUGAAAAACUAGUACCCGUCACUCGACUUCAUAACUAAUGGUGUUUACGAAUGACACGCCAUUCUUUAUUCAGCAUUAAUGAACUUGUGGAAGGGAAGUGAAGCUUCUUUCCGUUUAAUUAUCUGUACCAUGAACAAGAAUCACCAAUGUAGUUGCCAUGCAUACGAGGUGAACUGCACAACAAUGAACUCGCAUUUUUUUUUAGUUGUUCUUCAACGAAAAUGCAAUUACGUUGUACAAAGCUUAGCCACCUGGCAGUUUAAAUGAUGAACUGAGCAUAUCGAAGGAACUUUCGAUCAUCCACGUGUUUGAUAUGUAUUGAUAUUUUAUGAUGAAUACUUUAAGGUCGAAUUAAACUGUAUUGAGUUAGUCCUUGAGUGCUGUUAGAAUUUGUUGUACUUCUUAGACUUAGUUUAGACGCAAUCUGAAGACUGUUUAGGAAUUGAAUACUACUACGCACUAACCUCUUGUUUGUUGCCAACAUCCCGAAUUUAUUGUAUUAUAUUUGUCUUCUGAUAAAAUCGCAGUUAGCAUUGCACCUUUCUGAAACUACAUUUCUUCUCUAUUUCUUAGGCGAGAAUGUCACGCAGCUAAUUAGUCAUUCUGAAUCGGCAAGCAUCUACUCGGGAAUUCAUAUUGCUUUCGCCCUAGUCUCCUUUCUAUUAUGUAUUCAUUACUUAUUUAUUUUCAUUUUUCGUCCUAUAGUUUCCGGAUUUUUAUUUUUAAACUCUUGAGAAUUUGCUCGAGUUGAAACAUCCUGGAAGUACCGUAAUUACCGCUCACUCGUUCCCGACUACAUAAGGCCGAAGUCUUCCACCCCCCAAACCCGGCCUCUGAUAUAAUGUAUUAACUCCAAAUCUAGAGGACUUUUCCCAGUUUCUAUACGUGCUAUGUUCGCUAAUAUCAAUAUAAUUAUUGUUGAGUUCUUCGUAAAUGAUAGGUUUACUUCCAUGUAGAUGAUUUAAAAAAUCUAUCGAUUUUCAUUUACUUUACUUCCACUUGUAGUUGUCUGCUUUCAUUUAGACAUAUAAAUCGCUUCUUCCCAGAUAUUGGUAAUCGAAAAAUUUUACGCAUUUAUCGUUUGGUGGGGGAAUAUUGUUAUGAAGUUAAUAAAUUGACAUCUAUUGUAUCUUUAGAGUGAUUUGCUCUAGGUGAAUUGGCAAUUGAAUUUUGCACCACUGCUCCCUACCUGUUCACCAAGAAAUGUACGUUGUAUAAAUAAUGUUUUUUUUUUGUCAGACUUUUGAAACUUUCGUUGUAGACGGCACCAAUCGUCGCUGGAUUUUACAAAUGCUGGUUGAAUUUUUUUAAAUUAUAUGGCUGAUUGGAGUCAGAUUCGUGUUAUCUUGCGCUGAAAAUAUAAUUUUAAGUUCUGAUAACAUGAAUUGAUAACCCGUAUAUUUUUAACUCGUAUGCAAGGUGGCCCAGUGGUUACUGUUUAUACCAGAUUAGCAGGGAGGUGCGGGUUUGA